GUCACGUUCUGUGCAAAACUCAUUCAAAAGUCAAAUUUACAAGUCAGAUUUUCAACAGCAAUUGCAUGUGCAGUCGCCUUAAACCACACACACACCCGGAGUUUGUGUCUUCAUCACAUCGGAACAUCACGUCUACUGUCCUGUCAAAGUAAACAACAGCACCCGUCACACGAGAAGACGCGCAGCUCUGCUCCGUCCCAGGUCCAGUUUUUACCAUGAGCAGAGCGAUGCUUCUGUUCCUCUGUCUGCUCGGGGUGACGGGCGUCGUGGGCCAACAGAGAGUCAUAUACAUCACAAAGUAUUUAACCUGGCGUGAUGCUCAGACCUACUGCAGACUGUACCACCUCGACCUGGUCACUAUCACCACUGCAGCAGAGAACAACCAAAUCGAUCAGGACACGUGGCUCGGGAUGUACCGGGACGACUCCUACUCCGACUGGAAAUGGUCCAGAGGAGACGAGCCUCACACAUUCGCCAAUGAGUGGAACAGCGAUGAUCCUGACGUUGGUGAAGACUGUGUCUACAAGAGGUCGACGGACGGUGGGGCGUGGAAGAGCAGUACCUGCGGUUCCGUUCGUAUGUUCUUCUGUCUUGACGACUCGCUGUUUGUGGUGAAACAGAUGAAGACCUGGGAGGAGGCUCUGGUCCACUGCAGGUCUCUGAGAUCUGGAACCCGCAGAUACGACCUGGCCUCGCUCCUCACCCCGCAGGACCAUGACCUCCUGAAGAGCCAGAGUUUAGAGCAGGUGUGGACUGGACUCAGGUUCCUGGGAGAUCGCUGGGUGUGGGUCGGAGGAGAGGACGUCCAGUACAAUGACAUAACUCCAUGUCCAGAGGAGAAACGCUGUGGUGUGGUGGACAAGACGACCAGCAAACUUUACAAUAUCAUCGACUGCAAGGAAACAAACUAUUUCUUCUGCUACAGGAAAUCAUUCUAG